AUGUUUCCCACGCAUUUCCUUCUCAGUUCAGCCCGCUUGACGCUGUUUACACGCGUGGGUUGUGGCUUGUGCGAUACUGCCAAAAAUACCGUGCUUCAGCUUCAGAAACGGCGCUCCUUUGAAUAUGUCGAAGCAGACAUCAUGGAACCUGUGAACAAAUCUUGGAAGGAUGUUUACGAGUUCGAUGUUCCAGUCCUCCACGUUCAGUCGGUUCACAACGGCUUGCCCAACGAGGCCAGCCUCUCUGAUGCGCGCAAAUUGUUCCAUCGAUGGACAGAGCAAGAGGUUGAGCGGUCGGUAGACGAAGCGGAGAAAGCACAGUCCUUAUAA